AUGGCAGGGGAGCAAAAACACAAUUGCUAUUUGCAACAGUACAUGUCACUGGCCAAAAACACAAAAGGACUAGCGCUGAUCGCCCUCAUCAAUCAGCUAUUAGAAGCGCCAGGGGUCUAUGUGUUUGGAGAGUUCCUGGAGCUUCCUUGCGUAAAAGAGCUUUCCAGAGGCCCUAAUGUGGGAUAUAUCAAGCUCUUAAACAUAUUUGCUUACGGCACCUACAUGGAUUACAGAGCAAGUAAAGAUACCCUUCCGCCUUUAUCUGAAACCCAGAAGAACAAACUGAGACAUCUCACUAUUGUCAGUCUGGCAGCUAAUGUGCAGUGCAUCCCGUACACGGUGCUCCUCGAAGACCUGGAGCUCCAGAGCCUCCGGCAGCUGGAGGACCUGGUCAUCGACGCCGUGUACGGCGACAUCAUCCGGGGCAAGUUGGACCACUGCCGGCAGCUGCUGGAGGUGGAGGCCUGCAUCGGCCGGGACACCUGCCCAAAGGAGCUGAGCAGCAUCGCCAGUACACUGCAGCGCUGGUGCACUGGAUGUGAGUCGGCCUCAGCGGUGAUAGGGCUGCAAGUGGACAGGCUCAACGAGUUUCACGAGAGUAGCCUAAGCGCCCAGCAGCUGAUAGAGACAGAGGUGGCCAGCAUUAAACAGAGGAUGUCCUCUGAGGAGGCAGAGUGUGUGGUGGAGCAGGAGUCUGCAUCCAGCACAGAGCACAGACAGUCGCUCAGAACGAUGGCCAAGAGGAAAUCGCUGAGUCCACCGAGGCGCUGA